AUGCGUCGACUGCGGGAAGUGACGUCUAAGGCGGUGGAUCAUCUUCAUGCCACCGCGUUGCUCCAAGCUCGAGUAUACAAACAAAAGCCAGUCCACCGCCAGAUUCCCUUCUCCGCCCCUCCCAUCACCUUGAGACCCUCAUUGUCCCAGCGCCUACAUUUCUCCUCUUCCAGUUCUUCGCCCCAGCGCCCAGAUUCAGUCACAAUGUCCAACGAGAUUGUCCACGAGACCAUCAAGGAUGGCUGGUUCCGCGAGAUCAGCGACAUGUGGCCUGGCCAGGCCAUGACCCUCAAGGUCGAGGAGGUCCUGCACCACGAGAAGAGCAAGUACCAGGAUGUGCUCAUCUUCAAGUCCACCGACUAUGGCAACGUCCUCGUCCUCGACAAUGUCAUCCAGUGCACUGAGCGCGACGAGUUCUCCUACCAGGAGAUGAUUGCCCACCUUGCCCUCAACUCCCACCCCAACCCCAAGAAGGUCCUCGUCAUUGGUGGCGGUGACGGUGGUGUCCUCCGUGAGAUUGUCAAGCACGACUGCGUUGAGGAGGCUACUCUUUGCGACAUUGAUGAGGCCGUCAUCCGCCUCUCCAAGCAGUACCUGCCUGAGAUGUCCAAGGGCUUCGACCACCCCAAGUCCAAGACCCACGUUGGCGACGGCUUCAAGUUCCUCGCUGACUACAAGAACUCCUUCGAUGUCAUCAUCACCGACUCCUCCGACCCCGAGGGCCCUGCCGAGAGCCUGUUUAAGAAGUCGUACUUCCAGCUUCUCCACGAUGCCCUGCGCGAGGGCGGUGUCAUUUCUACCCAAGGUUCUGAGAACCAAUGGCUCCACCUCGACCUGAUUGCUCGCCUCAAGAAGGACUGCAAGGAGGUGUUCCCCGUUGCCGAGUACGCCUACACCACCAUUCCCACCUACCCCUCCGGCCAGAUCGGCUUCAUGAUCUGCACCAAGGACGCCAACCGCAACGUCAAGGUCCCCGUGCGAUCCUGGACCCCCGAGGAGGAGGAGGAGAAGUGCCGCUACUACAGCGCUGAGAUCCACAAGGCCGCUUUCGUUCUGCCCACCUUUGCCAAGAAGAGACUCCAAUAA